AGGCAAAUGAUACAGAAGCCUAUUAUGUAUUCCGUCGUGCACAAAGCUGGGUAAAUGGAUAUUCUAGUUCUCAGUAUGAUCCUGAUGGCAAUGCUACUUCAUGGGAAGGGGUAAAUCCAUUUUCGUUGACUAUGCAUUACAGCCCUGUCAAUUUUCCACCGCCUGGAACUCCUAUUACGAUCGGUGUAACAAUGCUUUAUGACUGUCAUCGUGAUGACCAAAAGAAUGAUUUUCUUUGUAAGUUUUGUCCAUACCGUUUAUUUACAAAUAGCACAUAA